AUGAGAGUUUCAGAGAGUGUAGGUCAAAAAUUAAGGAGAGUAAAUAUAGAAUAUUAGUAAUAUGAGAUGAUAGAUAAUUCUAUUGAUUAUUAUUUGAAACCUGUCAAACCUAAAUUAAAUUAUUGUAAACUUCUACCAAAAUAAUAAUCUCCUCAUAGAGAAAUAGCACAUACUGUUUCAUGUAGAAUUAGACCAUAAAUAAUUACUCAAUCAUAAACUGAAGUAAUUAAUUAAAAGAGUCUAUAAACUCUUCCUAUUCGAUAAAUCAUUCCUAAUAAUCAUAAUCGUUCUUUUGUUUUAAAACAUAAGAAGCCAAGCAUUUAAGAACGUUAUAAAUAGAUAAUGGUAAAUUUAAAUCAAGAAAUAGGAAUAUAAUGUUGAAGAGUAAUUUGUUGAAUUAAGGAGAUUAAUGACUAGAUAGAAAAAAUCAUCCAGUCUUGGAAAAAGAGUUAAAUUUUUAUAAUGA